CUUUCCGAACGCGCUUCAUUGUCAAGCCUGCGCGGUGCCGAGCGAGUCUUGCGUGUGUUGUUUCGCUUUUUUUUUUUUUUUACGUCCGUCCUGCAGCGGAACUUUUCCAAUUAAGCUUUCCAGUCACAAUGAAGCGGGCGUGGGCUUUAGGACUGCUCAUCGGGCUGUUGGCCUUCGCUGCUGUGAAGGCCGACGACGAAGUGGACGUGGACGGCACCGUGGACGAGGAUCUGGGCAAAAGCCGGGACGGGUCCAAGACCGACGACGAAGUCGUUCAGAGGGAGGAGGAAGCCAUCCAGCUGGAUGGACUCAACGCAGCCCAAAUCAAGGAACUGCGGGAAAAGUCCGAGAAGCACGUCUUUCAGGCCGAGGUCAACCGCAUGAUGAAGCUGAUCAUCAAUUCCCUGUACAAGAACAAGGAAAUCUUCCUCAGGGAGCUGAUCUCCAACGCGUCGGACGCCCUGGAUAAGAUCCGCUUGUUGUCGCUCACCGACGACUCCGCGCUGGCCUCCAACGAGGAGCUGACCAUCAAAAUCAAAUCGGACAAGGAGAAGAACAUGCUCCACAUCACGGACACGGGCAUCGGCAUGACCAAGGAGGAGCUGGUGAAGAACCUGGGCACCAUCGCCAAGUCGGGCACCAGCGAGUUCCUCAACAAGAUGACGGAGAUGCAGUCGGAAGACCAGUCCACCUCGGAGCUGAUCGGCCAGUUCGGCGUCGGCUUCUACUCGGCCUUCCUGGUGGCCGACAAGGUCGUCGUCACCUCCAAGCACAACAACGGCACGCAGCACAUCUGGGAGUCGGACUCCAACCGCUUCUCCGUCAUCGAGGACCCCCGCGGGGACACGCUGGGCCGCGGGACCACCAUCACGCUGGUGAUGAAAGAGGAGGCGUCGGACUACUUGGAGCUGGAGACCAUCAAGAACCUCGUCAGGAAGUACUCGCAGUUCAUCAACUUCCCCAUUUACGUUUGGGCCAGCAAGACCGAGACCGUGGAGGAGCCCGUCGACGAAGACGCCGAGCCGACCGAGGAGCCGGACAAAGAAACCUCAGAGGACGAGGCUGAGGUGGAAGAAGAAGAGGAGGAAGAGGACAAGGAUAAGCCCAAAACCAAAAAGGUCGAGAAGACCGUGUGGGACUGGGAGCUGAUGAACGACAUCAAGCCCAUCUGGCAGAGGCCGGCCAAGGAGGUUGAGGCCGACGAGUACAACGCUUUCUACAAGACCUUCUCCAAGGACAGCGACGACCCUCUGGCUCACAUCCACUUCACGGCGGAGGGCGAGGUCACCUUCAAGUCCAUCCUGUUCGUUCCCACCGCCGCCCCCCGCGGCCUCUUCGACGAGUACGGAUCCAAGAAGAACGACUACAUCAAGCUUUUCGUCAGGAGGGUUUUCAUCACUGACGACUUCAACGACAUGAUGCCCAAAUAUCUCAACUUUGUCAAGGGUGUGGUUGAUUCUGAUGACCUGCCUCUGAACGUGUCCCGAGAGACUCUCCAGCAGCACAAACUGCUUAAGGUGAUCCGCAAGAAGCUGGUGCGCAAAACUCUGGACAUGAUCAAGAAGAUCGCCGAGGAGGAGUACAACGACAAGUUCUGGAAGGAGUUCGGCACCAACAUCAAGCUGGGCGUCAUCGAGGACCACUCCAACCGCACCCGUCUGGCCAAGCUGCUGCGUUUCAACACGUCCAACAGCGACACGGUGCUGGCCAGCCUGGAGCAGUACGUGGAGCGCAUGAAGGAAAAGCAGGACAAGAUCUACUUCAUGGCCGGCACCAACAGGAAGGAGGCCGAGGCGUCUCCCUUCGUGGAGCGGCUGCUGAAGAAGGGCUACGAGGUCAUCUACCUGACGGAGCCCGUGGACGAGUACUGCAUCCAGGCGCUGCCCGAGUUCGACGGCAAGCGCUUCCAGAACGUGGCCAAGGAGGGCGUCAAGUUCGACGAGAGCGACAAAGCCAAAGAGAAGCGCGAGGAGCAGGAGAAGGAGUACGAACCGCUCACCACCUGGCUCAAGGACAAGGCGCUCAAGGACAAGAUCGAGAAGGCGGUCCUGUCCCAGAGGUUGACCAACUCACCCUGCGCGCUGGUGGCCAGCCAGUACGGCUGGUCGGGGAACAUGGAGAGGAUCAUGAAGGCGCAGGCGUACCAGACGGGAAAAGACAUUUCCACAAAUUACUACGCCAGCCAGAAGAAAACGUUGGAAAUCAACCCCAAGCAUCCCCUCAUCAAGCAGAUGCUCAAGCGCGUCAAUGACGACGCGGAGGACCUGACCGCGUCCGACCUGGCCACCGUCCUCUUCGAGACGGCCACCCUGCGCUCGGGCUACCAGCUGGCCGACACGAAGGCGUACGGCGACAGGAUAGAACGCAUGCUGAGGCUCAGCAUGAACAUACCGCUGGAGGAGCAGGUGGAAGAGGAUCCCGAGGAAGAACCCGAAGAGGCGGCUGACGCGGAGGAAGCCGACGAUACGGAAGAAGACGACGAUACCGAGGAGGCUGGCGACGACGACGAGGACGAGGCCGGCCGGGCAGGAAUGAGUAUCGAAAUCCCCGCGGGCCUGACGGAGCUGUUGCAGCGCUUUACCGUGGAAGUGCUGCGGAACCAGCCGGGGGACCUGCUCGAUUUCGCCCUGCAGUACUUCAGCCGCCUCCACGAGCGUCGCGACGGCCGCCGGGAUCGGGAUGAGGACGAGGACGACGGGGAGCAGCCGCCGCCGCCGCCGUCGCACGGACAACCGAGAGGCGGCGGGGGCGGCACCGGCACCGGCACCGGAAAGGCGGUCAAUUUCCUCGACGAGGCCGUGCACAUCGACUCCGAGAACGGAGAAGACGACGACGACGACGACGAUGACGACGACGAAGAUUUUCAAGCGCCGAUCAUAAACAGAUUCAUCAGAAGAGCGUCAGUGUGCGCCGAAGCCUUCAAUCCGGAUGAAGAUGACGAGGAUAAAGAGCCGAGGGCACAGGUCGCCCACCCCAAAACGGACGAGCAGCGACAGCGAUUGCAGCAAGCGUGUCGGGACAUUCUCCUUUUCAAGAAUUUGGAUCCCGAAGAGAUGUCACAAGUGCUGGACGCCAUGUUUGAGAAGUUCUGCACCCAAGGGGAACGCGUCAUCGACCAGGAUGACGACGGCGACAACUUUUACGUGAUUGAGAGGGGGACCUACAACGUUUUCGUCCGGGCGGACGGUGCCGAGAAGCUGGUGGGUUGCUACGACGACCGCGGCAGCUUCGGCGAACUGGCGCUGAUGUACAACACGCCCAGGGCGGCCACCAUCGUCGCCACCUCGCCCGGAGCCCUCUGGUGCCUGGAUCGUCUGACGUUCCGGAGGAUCAUCGUGAAGAACAACGCCAAGAAGAGGAAGCUGUACGAGGCCUUCAUCGAAACGCUGCCGCUGCUCACGUCGCUGGAGCUUUCCGAGAGGAUGAAGGUGGUGGACGUCAUAUCGACGAAGACGUACCGCGACUCGCAGCAGAUUAUUGCGCAGGGGGACUUGGCGGAUUGUUUCUACAUUGUGGAGUCGGGGCAAGUUCGCAUCACCAUCAAGAGAAGCCGGACGAAAAAGGAGCCGGACGACGAGGAAGUGGAAAUCGCCAGGUGCGCCCGGGGGCAAUAUUUCGGGGAGUUGGCGCUGGUCACGAACAAGCCCAGAGCCGCGUCCGCCUACGCCGUGGGGAGCGUCAAAUGUUUGGUGAUGGACGUCAAAGCCUUCGAGCGACUUCUGGGCCCCUGCAUGGACAUCAUGAAAAGGAACAUUGCCAAUUAUGAGGAGCAGCUCCUGGCGUUGUUCGGAAGCGGCGCCGAGAUGGAGAAGCGCUGCGCCUGAGAGCCUCAGCCCGGACGGAAAACAGAAAAAAAAAACAAACAAAACCACGGAACAGCUUUUCUUACAGGACGAUCGUGACCGCACUUUGGUGUUUUGCAGAGUUGCUUGGAGAUCCUUUUUCCAUUCAGUCGCCCUUGACGUGUACAUUCGAGUACUGAAAAAACAAAAAACAAAAACGGGAUGUACCUGAUUGGCAUUUUUACAGAAUACUUCUUUUCUUUUGCAAAACGGCUUUUGAAGGCUUACCAAGGCAGCGUUGUGCCAUUUCAUAGCAAGUCCGAUUCAUCACUUAAGUUGCCCUAAUAUCGAUAGUCAUGCGCCGCCAUCUUUCAUGCAUUUGUUGUUUUUUGGUGCAAUAAAAGUAAAACUUUUUUUUUGUGGGUGUGUCAGUGAAGCUUUUUUUUUUUUUU